UCAGACGCAAACAGAAGUGUCAUCGGGCUGUGUCAAGUUCUCAACCUUACAUUGAUCUGUGGUCUACUAACGGAACAGCUGUGGUUUAUAUGAUAUACGAGAAAUAAGGCUUUAUGACGAACCGGAACAAGGAACUAGAGACAUUAUAGAAAUAUUAUAUCGAGGAAUAUUAUUAGCUAUAUAAGGGGAUCAUUUAGCGUUCAGACAUAUUUAACUUUGGACGUAUAGGCUGGUGAUGGUGAUGAGACCGGUGAUGGAUUUGGUGAAUAUGUUGGUGAUAUGUAUCCUGGUUGUUAUCGGUAGUGGACAUUGUAUGUAUAGUAGCAAGGAGCUCGAAGGUUACCCAGCAGGAUUUAUGGCAGAUUGCCCUGGUUCAGAUAAGGAAGCGAUCAUCACGAAGAACACUUUAAAGAACUUGUCGAUGACAGUAGUUAGCACGAGCAAUCCAAUGAAAGAAAUACGAAGGAAAUAUAAUUACUAUCAAAUGAAGGAGCUAGCUAAAGAUCCGUUGUUAGAUUUUAACAAACGUACCGUGCUCUACAUAGGAGGUUUUCUAGACAGCCCCAACUUUCCCAUACCAGGGAGGGUAGCGAAGGUCUACGAUAGUAUAGGAUAUAACGUCUUGUUAUUAGACACCAGCUAUUUUACAACAUAUGAAUAUCCAAGAGCGUCACGUCUAGCUCGCCCCGUCGGUGUUCACGGAGCGAAAAUGUUGUUCGAACUCAAAAAACAAGGUCUAGACCCGAAGAAGUUAGAUGUAGUUGGCCUCAGUCUUGGAGUUCACACUGCCAGCUUUAUAGCCAAAAACUUUAGACUCAUAACUGGCGUGAACAUAUCAAGAAUAACUGCGUUGGAUCCUUCGGGACCUUGCUUUAGGAAUUUAGGUCCAGAAGACAGAAUCGACAAAUCCGAUGCCGAUUUCGUUGAAAUGAUUGCUACUAAUAUAGACGGUUACGGCAUGGCGGCCCCCGUGGGUCAUGUCAAUUAUUACGUAAACGGCGGAGAGUUUCAACCUGGAGAAUUAGUUUGGUUCCUCUGCAUGACCCUGUGUAGUCACAUCCGGUCUUAUAUGGUGUGGCUGUCAGCUCUGCAGCACCCCAAUUCAUUUAUCGCCAUGCAGUGUGACUCCGUACAACAGGCGAGAUUCAAAAAAUGUCGGGAAAGGAAGCCUUUGGUGACUAAUUUGAUGGGACUAAAGGUGGAUAAGAAAAAUGAAGGCAUAUUUUAUCUAGCCACUUCCGCUGCAUAUCCUUAUUAUUUAAGCGAGAGAGGCUUAAAACAAAACUCUGACCUUUUCAAGUCAUUAGCAGCGUCAUUUAACAAAGAAAAACUUAUUAAAGUUAGAUGAAAUUUAAAUUGUAUUUUUUAUUAGAACGCCAUCUAUGUUGCUUUGGAUGAACUUCAGAAGUUAGUUUUUAGUUACACUUUAAAACAUAUUUUAGUUUCAGUAUCUUUUUCUAGGUGGCAGUGUUUUAAAUAACACUUAGUAAAAUUAUUUUAUUACAAAAUAAAAGUGAUUGAUUGGUGAGCGAAGCAGUAAUGAGGCUUUAAAUGUUUCUAAGAGGUUUUAU